UGGCAGGUGACCAGCUACACAGUGUCCUGAGGCCUGAUGAAACAGCUAUGCCAACCACAGUCCCAGAGGAGGAGCUGGCUGUAGCAGCGACUGACCCAGGAGCUGAAGUGAGCCAAGCCCCCUCCUCCUGAGACCCCUGAGAGUCUCGUUUCCUCUCAGUCCAUCCACCCUUCAUGGGGCCAGAGCCCUCUCUCCAGAAUCUGAGCAGCAAUGCCGUUUGCUGAAGACAAGACCUAUAAGUAUAUCUGCCGCAAUUUCAGCAAUUUUUGCAAUGUGGAUGUUGUAGAGAUUCUGCCUUACCUGCCCUGCCUCACAGCAAGAGACCAGGAUCGACUGCGGGCCACCUGCACACUCUCAGGGAACCGGGACACCCUCUGGCAUCUCUUCAGUACCCUUCAGCGGCGGCCCGGCUGGGUGGAGUACUUCAUUGCGGCACUGAGGGACUGUGAGCUAGUUGAUCUCGCGGACGAAGUGGCCUCUGUCUACCAGAGCUACCAGCCUCGGACCUCGGACCGUCCCCCAGACCCACUGGAGCCACCGUCACUUCCUGCUGAGAGGCCAGGGCCCCCCACACCUGCUGCGGCCCACAGCAUCCCCUACAACAGCUGCAGAGAGAAGGAGCCAAGUUACCCCAUGCCUGUCCAGGAGACCCAGGCGCCAGAGUCCCCAGGAGAGAGUUCAGAGCAAGCCCUGCGGAUGCUCAGCCCCAGAGCCAUCCCAAGGAGUCCAGAUGGUGGCCCCCUGGAGUCCUCCUCUGACCUGGCAGCCCUCAGCCCUCUGACCUCCAGCGGGCAUCAGGAGCAGGACACAGAACUGGGCAGUACCCACACAGCAGGUGCGACCUCCAGCCUCACACCAUCCCGUGGGCCUGUGUCUCCAUCUGUCUCCUUCCAGCCCCUGGCCCGUUCCACCCCCAGGGCAAGCCGCUUGCCUGGACCCACAGGGUCAGUUGUAUCUACUGGCACCUCCUUCUCCUCCUCAUCCCCUGGCUUGGCCUCUGCAGGGGCUGCAGAGGGUAAACAGGGUGCAGAGAGUGACCAGGCCGAGCCUAUCAUCUGCUCCAGUGGGGCAGAGGCACCUGCCAACUCUCUGCCCUCCAAAGUGCCUACCACCUUGAUGCCUGUGAACACAGUGGCCCCGAAAGUGCCUGCCAACCCAGCAUCUGUCAGCACAGUGCCCUCCAAGUUGCCAACUAGCUCAAAGCCCCCUGGUGCAGUGCCUUCUAAUGUGCUCACCAAUCCAGCACCAUCCAAAUUGCCCAUCAACUCAACCCGUGCUGGCAUGGUGCCAUCCAAAGUGCCUACUAGCAUGGUGCUCACCAAGGUGUCUGCCAGCACAGUCCCCACUGACAGGAGCAGCAGAAAUGAGGAGACCCCAGCAGCUCCAACACCCGCCGGUGCCACUGGAGGCAGCUCAGCCUGGCUAGACAGCAGCUCUGAGAAUAGGGGCCUUGGGUCGGAGCUGAGUAAGCCUGGCGUGCUGGCAUCCCAGGUAGACAGCCCAUUCUCGGGCUGCUUCGAGGAUCUUGCCAUCAGUGCCAGCACCUCCUUGGGCAUGGGGCCCUGCCAUGGCCCAGAGGAGAAUGAGUACAAGUCCGAGGGCACCUUUGGGAUCCACGUGGCUGAGAACCCCAGCAUCCAGCUCCUGGAGGGCAACCCUGGGCCACCUGCGGACCCGGAUGGUGGCCCCAGGCCACAAACCGACCGGAAGUUCCAGGAGAGGGAGGUGCCAUGCCACAGGCCCUUACCUGGGGCUCUGUGGCUCCAGGUGGCUGUGACAGGGGUGCUGGUAGUCACACUCCUGGUGGUGCUGUACCGGCGGCGUCUGCACUAGUGAAGCCCUGGGCCCUUCCCACCACCCAUCUGUUCCGUUCCUGUAGUACACCUGGCCCCUCUCCGAAGCCCCUUGUCCCUUUCUUGGGGAUGGUGGAGGCUGGGUCAGAGGGGAGUUAAGGGACCGCAGGCCUGGCAGCAGGACAUGCCUUGGCUGAACCAAGUCCUGAGAGCAGCAUCUCUGUCCCCACUGUGCCUUGUGUGGGUCCCCGUCCUUGGCUUUCUGGGUCCUGGGCUGCCCCCAGUGCUCCAGACCUUCCCCACUGGCAAUCCAGGUUAUCAUCCAUGUCCUCCAGAGGAGCUUCCUCCUCCAGGCCUCAGCCCUGUUGGCCCAGGUGGAGCAGGAGGGACCACUGGAGCACGCGGUGCUUGGGAAUGCUUCUCCUGUUGCAUUGGUCCCUGAAGGCCUCAGGGCAGGUGUGUGGUGUGUGGGCGACUCCACAAGACCUGCCUCCCAUCCUGGCAGCCCAGCUUGAGACCGUUGCAUUGAGGCAGGCAGGAGCGGCAGGGUGGCUGCUCUCCAGGAGCCCAGCUGCCUUGAGUUCCUGCCCCACUGGGCCCCCUCCCCUGCUGGGCAAUCCUGGGAAGGUCUGGAGGUUCCUGUGGACCUCAGGGAAGCCAGGGGCAGCUGUCAGGCCUGAGGAAGACCUCUGGAGCUCCUCUCCAGCCUCCUCUUUCCCUCCCCUCUGGUCUCCAUUCUCUUCAGCUCCCUACAUGGGCUGGGGAGGAGACACCUGGUGGGCAGAGCUCAGGCAGAGGUUUGGAUUUCAGCUCCCUCACUUCCAGGGCUGUGUGGCUUUGGCAGAUGUCAGACUUCUGGUCUUGCUUCUCUACGUGGACAGUGAGUAUCUGGCUCAUUCUUCACUGGGUUCUUCUGAGAUUGAACCUACAGGUGUUUGCCAAGUGCCUGGCCCAGAGCAAGUGGCCACUGCUUCUCCCAUCUCUCUCCUGCCCAACCUGGUAGAGCUGAGGGCAUGAGAGGCAGAGUGCACAGUGGUCAAGGGCGCAGCUCUGCAGCACAGGCAGCCUAGGCCUGCGUCCCAACCUGCCUCUCACCAGCUCUGUGACCUUGGGCAAGGGAUUUAUCUGUCUGUCCCUUAGUUUUCUCACCUGUAAAAGGAGGAUAAGUAUAUAUAUGUAUUUCCCAGUGUUGUGAAGAUUAAAGGAGUUUAUCGAUGUAGGUCUUAGGAUGAGUCCUGGCAUUUACCAAGGGUUGGAUAUAUGUUAUUAUCUCUAUUAAGUGUUGAGGGUCCAGGCGUGGUGGGCAACAGGGACCCCAUCUCUACAAAAAAGUUUAAAAAAUUAGCCAGGCGUGGUGGCGCACCUGUCGUCUUAGCUACUUGGGAGGCUGAGGUGGGAGGAUCACUUGAGCCCAGAAGCUUGAAGCUGCAGUGAGCUAGGAUCGUGCCACUGCACUCCAACCUGGGUGAGAGAGCGAGACCCUGUCUCAAGAAAAAGAAAAAUGCAGAGAAACAGGAGUCUUGGCCACUCCUUUAGAGGCAGACUCAGACCCUCCUGCCUCACAGCUUUAUCUUUGUAUUUGCCCCUUACUUUAUCUUGUGCCUUGAGAAAUUGCUGGGGAGAGAGGUGUGUCCACUGGGCAGCUGUACAGGAUGGAGGCUCUAGGGCGUUUCCAUUCCCAGCAGCCAGGUUCCCCCACCCCAAGCUCACCCACUGUUGGGGAGAUUAUCUACAAUAACACCAGAAACACAUUGGGGUGGAUUGGGGGUAUCCUUAUGGGUUCUUUUCAGGGAACCAUUGCUUGGCAAGGCACAGGAGCCACCUCCAUUUCUGAGCUCUGCAAGGGACAAGAACUAGAGCCAUCAGGGGUUGGGCUCACUGUGGCCCCACCCCAAGCCGUCAGCCUCCAGGGAUCUACACCCUGCCUUGGCUGCUACAGCUUUUUCACUCCACUGCCCUAGGGGAGUUCAGCAACCUAAUGAUCUCUAUCUCUGAACAUCUCUUCAUCCCAUGCUCCAAGUCCAGCAACCUGCACCCUGGAAGCAGGAGUGGACCCUACCCGAGCUGUCUGUACUAAUCCCCAUCCCUCACCACCAAUCUUAAAAAGCCCUCUGUCCCCUACCCUAAACCCCAGUUAGGUACCCAUGCUGGGCAGGUCAGUUAACAAUUUAUGCACAGGUACUAGUUUUAUUGUAUUACCGUCCCAGGGUAGCUUUGAAAAAAGUAUCUCAAAAAGGCAACAUGGGCCGAGCGCAGUGGCUCACGCCUGUAAUCCCAGCACUUUGGGAGGCCAAGGUGGGCAGAUCGCCUGAGGUCUGGAGUUCAAGACCAGCCUGGCCAACAGGGUGAAACGCCGUCUCUAUAAAAAUAAGAAAAUUAGCCAGGUGUAGUGGCAGACGUCUGUAAUCCCAGCUAUUCAGGAGGCUGAGGCACGAGAAUUCCAUGAACCCAGGAUGCGGAGGUUGCAGUGAGCCGAGAUUGUGCCACUGCGCUCCAGCCUGGGCGACAGAGUGGUACUCUGUUUCAAAAAAAAAAAAAAAAAAAGGCAGUAUGUAGCCCCAAAGACUGUUGCCCAAGUGGUAGAAUUUUAGCACACUACCAGCCUAGGUAAAAAAUACAAAAAGUAACUGGGCAUGGUGGCACUCAUCUAUAGUCCCAGCUACAUGGGAGGCUGAGGUGGGAAGAUCACUUGAGCCCGCCAGGAGGCGGAGGUUGUAGUGAGCUGAGAUCGCACCACUGCACUCCAGCCUGGAUGACAGAGUGAUAUUCUGUCUCAAAAAAUAAUAAUAAUAAUUUUAGCACAGUAACCAGCCAUGAUGGGAGAUACCCUGGGUAAGGCAUGUAGAAAGGGUUGAGGGACCUUCCCAGUCCCCUAGCCCCGCCUCCCAUCCUCCCAUCUUUUUCUUUUUUCUUUUUUUUAGGGAAUCACCCAGCCUGGAGCGAAGUGGUGCAGUCAUAACUCACUGUAUCCUUAAACUCCCGGGCUUAAGUGAUCCUCCUGCCUCAGCCUUCUGAGUAACUAGGACUUCAGGUACCUGUCACCAUGCCUGGCUAAUUAAAUUUUUUUCUUUUUUUUUCUUUUUUUUUUUUGAGAUGGAGUCUUGCUCUGUCACCCAGGCCGGAGUGCAGUGGCACGAUCUCAGCUCACUGCGACCUCCACCUCCUGGGUUCAGGCCAUUCUCCCGCCUCAGCCUCCAGAGUGGCUGGGACUACAGGCGCCUGCCACCACGCCUGGCUAAUUUUUGUGCACUUUUAGUAGAGACGGGGUUUCACUGUGUUAGCCAGGAUGGUCUUGAUCUCCUGACCUUGUGAUCCGCCCGCCUCGGCCUCCCAAAGUGCUGGGAUUACAGGCGUGAGCCACCGCGCCCAGCCAAAUUAAGUUUUUUAUAGAGAUGAGGUCAUGCUGUUAUGUUGCCCAGGUUGGCCUCAUGAGAUCUUGCCUUAGCCUCCCAAAGUGCUGGGAUUACAGAUGUGAGACACUGCACACAACCCCCACCACUUUUUUUUUCCCUUUUUCUUUUUUUGAGACAGUCUUACUCCGUUGCCCAGGCUGGAGUGUGGUGGCAUGAUCUCAGCUCACUGCAACCUCCGCCUCCCGGGUUCAAGCAAUUCUCCUGCCUCAGCCUCCCGAGUAGCUGGGAUUACAGAGGCCUGCCACCACACCCGACUAAUUUUCGUAUUUUUAGUAGAGACGGGGUUUCUCCAUGUUGGCCAGGCUGUUCUUGAACUCCUGACCUCAAGUGCUCCACCUGCGUUGGCUUACCAAAGUGCUGGGAUACAGGAGUGAGCCACUGCGCCUGGCUGACCCCAGCACUUUUCAAAUGAUGCCGCCCAAAGCCGUGACUUGGCCUACUUUGAACAGCAAACUUGUUGCUGCUGUUGUCAACCUGAAGGCCUCUCAAAUGCCAGCUUCAAGCAGGGUGUGAAUCGGCCAGUGUCAGAUCUCAGGAGUCCUGUGUUGAGAGUGUGGCUUUCAGCUGCGGGGAGCUGCACUUAGUGAGGAAAGCCAGGCAGGUCACCCUCACAGCCAGAUAAUGUGGAGGUCAGAACCCAAGGAAGGGAGUGAGACCUCCACUCCCAGUGGGGGACCUGGCCACCCAUCCUUGGGGACCUGAGAAAGCAUACUUCACCUUGGGGUGAAGGCUGGGUGGGGCCAGAGGGACCAGUGCCCUCCUCAGUGCUUAGGGGCAGAGCCACCUGCAGCAAUGGUAUCUGCAUAUUAGUCCCUCUCCACCUUCUUUCUCCCGCUGAAUCAUUUCCCUCAAAGCCCAAGAGCUGUCACUGCUUCUUUCUCCCUGGGAAGAAUGCGUGGACUCUGCCUGGUGAUAGACUGAAGCCAGAACAGUGCCACACCCUCGCCUUAAUUCCUUGCUAGGUGUUCUCAGAUUUAUGAGACUUCUUAGUCAAAUAUGAGGGAGGUUGGAUGUGGUGGCUUGUGCCUGUAAUCCCAGCAUUUUGGGAAGCCGAGGUGGGAGGAUCCCUUGAAGCCAGGAGUUUGAGACAAGCCUGGGCAACAAAGCAAGACCCUAUCUCUAAAAAAAAAAAAAAAAAAAAAUCUAGGAGAUGCUCUUUACCCUGCCUGGCCUCAAACUAUUAAUAGCUUCCUUUGAGCAACAUUAUUUAUUAUGAACUUUCAAACACAAAAAAGUAGAGAGAGUAGAAUAACAAAUCCCCAUGAGCCUAUCACCCAACUUCAGUAAUUAUCAAUUCAUGGCCAUCUUGUUCACCCCUGCCUGCUUCCCUGCUUCCCCUCAUUCUGCAGAGGUUCUUUUCUUUUCUUUUCUUUUGAGACAGAGUGUUGCUCUGUUGCCCAGGCUGGAGUGCAGUGGCGCAACUUCGGCUCACUGCAACCUCCGCCUCCCAGGUUCAAGUGAUUCUCCUGCUUCAGCCUCUCAAGUAGCUGGGAUUACAGAUGCCCACCAGCACAGCUGGCUAAUUUUCGUAUUUUUGUUAGAGAUGGGGUUUCACCAUGUUGGCCAGGCUGGUCUCGAACUCCUGACCUCAAGUGAUCCGCCCGCCUUGGCCUCCCAAAAUGCUGGGAUUACAGGUGUGAACCACGGUGCCUGGCCACUGUACAGGUUCUUUAUAGAAGUUGGAGAGUGAAGGGUUGAGAAAGCCAAGGGGCAGAUGCGGGUCUGGAGGAUUUUGUGCCUAAGGCCCUCUCUUUGCUCCCAGACAGCAUGAAGUAACAAUGAGGCAUCCACCUCUUGGUUUUGUGGCCUCUGUGGAUGAUGUCUCUCACCUUGAACCAGUUCAGAGCUGGAGUAGCGCUGGGUCCUGUCUUCAGAGGAGGGGCCGAAGCGGGUUCCUCUGUUGUCAAGCUCUUUGGAGGUGCCUGGCUGCUACUACUGUCCCAGAGAGGUGAUGAUGAAUGAUGGGUGUGUCCAGUGGCAGUUUGCCCCACUGAGGCAGGGGCUUCCACUAGGCCCUGACAGAGCCCUUCCAGCAGGCAGAAAUCGCUGUGCUAGGCAAGAUUCAAACUCCGUAGCAUGUCUCCUGCUCCCAGCUCUUAGGAAUGGAGUCCUUCAGGCCUUGAGUCCCACAUUUUCCAUGAUGCUCCAUUAAGCAGCUGAUAGCACCCCCACCUCCAGGGAAAGUGAGUUCAGAGUCCUUGGUCUAAUGCAUCUGUGUUGAAAUUGAGGCCUUCCCCUGUGUUCACCUUUCUGCUCUUUUUCCUUUAGCCCAAGGCUAUGAAGGCCUCAUUCGGUGCUGGGCAUGGUCACUCCUAGCAUUCCUCACUCUGUUGCUAACAGCAACAGCAAUAAUAAUAAGAGUUACAACUUACUCCAUACCUUACUGUCUGCCAGGCAUUAAGCUAAGUGCUUUACAUAUAUUAAGUCAUUUAAUACUCACAAUGACCCUAUGAAAGAGAUACCAUCUCAACCCAAUUGACAGCUGGUUUGCAAGAUUAGGAGGGAUGAAGAACCCAGGGGACAAUGCGAGGGAAAACUCUGACCCCGGGGCCCCAGGCUGGAUGCUCUUUAUGCCUAUGAACCACAGCUUAUCACAUGUCUGGAGUUAGGGACCCCACUUAAAGUGAGAUUUUGGCUGGAGGUGGUGGAUCACACCUAUAAUCCCAGCACUUUGGGAGACCAAGGCAGAAGGACUGCUUGAGGCCAGGAGUUCAAAACCAGUGUAGGUAACAGCUAGACCCUAUCUCUACAAAAAAAUUUAAAAAUUAGCUGGGUGUGGUGGUACGUGCCUCAAGUUCCAGCUACUCAGGAGGCUGAGGUGGGAGGAUCACUUGAGCACAGAAGUUUGAAGUUACAGUGAGCUAUGAUGGCACCACUGCACUUCAGCCUGGGCAAAAGAGGGAGACCCUGUCUCUAAAGUACAUAGAGACUUUCACACCAACACAUCUCUGCCCAGUAUGCCAACAUCUGCCACCUGCUAUAAUAGUACUAUAACACUCAAUAUGUAAUUAAUGUAGUCUCAGGGAUGUUAUGACAAUAUGAUUACAACUAUCACGUGUGUGCCCAGCCAGGCUCAAUGCCCCAGGCUGGGUGAGGUGGGGCAGGGGACACAGCCUAAAAUGCCAGGCCUCAGGAAGCCAUUUGGUUUAGCAGACAUUGUUUAUUAAAGGAGUUCCCUAUGCCAGAUCGAAGGCCUAAGAUGAUUAAGACACUAUGAGUGCCUUCAAGUGGUUGGGGACGUUCAUGAUUGUGGUACAGACAAAUAGUCUUUCACAUCAUUCUUUUAUGUAAUCAUACAACAGAUAUUUGCACCUGCGUGUGCAGAGCACUGGGAUAGGCCUCAGUGACACAGAAUAAUACAGCAAAGACCCCACCCGAUGAGCCCCCUCCCACCACCCACCAGUACAGUAGGGGGUGGUUUAAUGGAGUGUUCCUGGAACAUGAAGUGGGGGCAGGCGUUGGGGUGGCAAAGGGACAAGUGUUUAUCUGAUCAGUUAUGUACUGUUUAUAAUAAGUAAAUCAGCAGAGGGGGAAUAAUACUUAGAACCUACAGAGAGUAAAUCUGACAAGAUGAAAUGCUGAUGAAAAUAUGGAGGAAAUGAAACUCUCAUGGGUUUUGCAGGGAAUCUAAGUCAGUGCUGUGUUGUGAAUGUAGGUGUACGCUUUGAAUUCAUAUGUUGAAACCUAACCCCCAAAGCAAUGGCAUUAAGAGGUGGGGCCUUUGGGGCUGGGUAUGGUGGCUCAUGACUGUAAUCCCAGCACAUUGGGAUGCUGGCAGGGGGCAGAUCACUUGAAGCCAGGAGUCUGAGAUCAGCCCGGCCAACAUGGUGAAACCCCAUCUGUACUAAAAAUACAAAAAUUAGCCAGGUGUGAUGGCGUACAUCUGUAAUCCCAGCCACUCGGGAGGCUGAGACAGGAGAAUAGCUUGAACCCAGUAGGUGGAGAUUUCAGUGAGCCGAGAUCGUGCCACUGCACUCCAGCCUGGGUGACAGAGCGAGACUCCAUCUCAAAAAAAUAAUAAAACAAAGAUGUGGGGCCUGUGGGAGGUGGUUAGGUCGUGAGGGUGGAGAUCAUGAAUGGGGUUAGCACCUUAUAAAACAGGCUUGAGGGAGCCCUUCUGUCCCUUCUACCAUGUGUGGAUGCAGUGAGAAGGCACCGUAUCUCUGAAGCAGAGAGCCCGCCCUGGACACUGGAUCUGCUGGCACCUUGAUCUUGGACUUCCCAGCCUCUAGAACUGUGAGAAAUAAUUUUUUGUUGUUUACAAAUUACCCAGGCUAAGGUGUUUCAUUGUAACCUGAAUGGACCAAGCUGGUGUGACCCUGUUGGAAAACUGGCAGUAUCUACCAAAAGCCGAACAUACGUAUAAACUGUGAUCCAGCAGUUCCACUCCUGGGUAUGUACACCACAGAAAGCUAUGUCCACCGAGACAUUGGCAAGAAUGUUUCUAACCACACGCUGACUGUAGCCCCAAACUUGAAACAACCCAAAUGUCCAUCCACCAACCCAAAUGUCCAUCCACCAACCCAAAUGUCCAUCCACAGUUGAAGCUGCAGUGAAGUCACAGGGUCGAAUACUACUGCACAGCAACGAAUAUGAAUGAAAAUAUCGCUAUGCACGGCAACAUGGAUAAAUUUCACAGACAUGAGGUCAAGCAAAAGAGGUCAGAGUCCUCAUCAUCAAGAGAGAAUUCAUUGUAUGAUUCUCUUCCUACAAAAAGUACAGAAAUAAGCAAAACUGAUCCAUGGUGUUAGAAGCCAGGGGAAUGGUUAACAGGGGAGGGAUACUGGGAAGGGGCAUCCUGGAGUGCUGGUCUACCUCCUCAUCUGGGUGUUGAUUUCAUGAGUAUUGUCAGUUUGUUUCCAGACUCCCUGUUGGAGAUGUGGAAAUAAAAACCACCUAAACAAGA